CACAAUAAGCACAUUAAACUUCAGAUUGGAAAAAUAGGUUUGAAACUUGUGACUCAUCUGUAUAGUGAGAUGUUUGUACUCCUGUUAAUUUGAGGACUUGCGUAGCGUCCUCGAAGUUCUCUUGGGUGUUGCCAUCAGGGGAGGCUUACCAGGUGCUGUGUCUGUUCAAACAUGUUGUGGACUUAAUAAAGGCCUUCCUGUAAUUCAGAGGAAAAAUUGUGCCUCUCAAAGAGAGAAGAUGAUUGUACCUCUCUCAAAGAGCAAAACAUUCAGUUUCUAGAUGUGCUAGACAAGACAUGCGCCUUUUCAAAUUUCUGUUUGCGAGUUUGGAGAAACCUUCUUCCUCUUGUUUGAACUUUGCAAUUUUCCACUAAGUUUUAUUUUAUUUAUCUCAUAAAGUUCCAAGAAAAUACAUUGUAGUUAUAUUGUGACAAAAUGUGAACAAGUUAAAAGGGUAUGAUUACUCAUACUUUGUCAGAGGUAUUGCACUUUCUUAUUUUUCUAGUGUUUGUUGUGAGUCAGAACUUAGGAGCUUGUUUGUCUGUGCCUUCUAUUUUUCUUUUCUCAGAACAUUUGUCCCCAGUGGGUCUGUGGUAUGUUUGGUGGCCAGUUGGCCUUCUCUGUGUUUUUUCUCUCCUUAUCUUAGCCUCAAGUCAAACAAGCGAAAUGAGGCUGUGCAGGAGAGGAGUCAAUAGAAUUUGAGGAAUGUUACAGAAGAGAAAACACCGUUAACAGUUGAGCAGGAAACGAUGCCUUUCGUGAUCCAGCUAUAGCCUGAAGGGGCCAGACAGCAGCAGGAUGAGUUCAGAGGAGCGCAGCUCAGCCAUGUCACAGAAGAUCUCCUCCUUAUCGAGGAGCAACAGCAGCUCCUCGUCCAAGCACGACAGCCGACAGGACAGCUGGGAAAUAGUGGAGGGUCUGCGUGGGGGGGUCAGUAAUGUCCUGGAGCCGCAGAAACAGGAGGGCUACAUGCUGAAGAGGAGGAAGUGGCCCAUGAAGGGUUGGCACAAGAGAUACUUCUUCCUGGACAAAGGGAUUCUUAAAUAUGGCAAGGGCAGCGCUGAUGUUGAGAAGGGGAAACUGCAUGGCUGCAUUGACGUGGGUCUCUCCGUCAUGGCCAUUAAGAAGAAAGCCAAGUGUAUUGAUCUUGACGCUGAGGAGAAUAUCUAUCACCUGAAGAUUAAGUCACAGGAGCUGUUUGACGAAUGGGUUUCCAAGCUGCGCCACCAUCGGCUCUAUCGGCAGAAUGAGAUUGCCAUGUGUGCCAACGAGAAAGCCUUCUUCUACCCCAUGUACCCCUCCCCCAACUCCCCUGGCAUAGCUGAGGGACCCUCCUUGAGGAAGGUCUUGUCUAUACGGAGGCAGUCCUCAGUGCAUCCUGCAUCAGGAUUCCCUUUGAGCUCCAACAGCCAGGCAAAGGUGGCUGCCUGGCUCCAGUCAUCAGAUGACAUGGACAAAUGCUCUAAAGACUUAGCAGUGUGUGAGGCCUACCUGCAGGAGCUGAACCACCUGAUACAGAGCAUGGAAGUCCUCCACCGCACUUAUUCUGCUCCAUCUAUUCAAGCACUACAGACAUCCACAUUGGACAGUCCCAAAAAAGAAAAGAGACUUCAAAGAAAAUGGCGCAAUAAAAACUACAAUAAAGAUGUCAAAACAACUCUGCAGGUACCCAGCUGCAUCUCCUCUGGCUCGAUCCGCCUUCACGCCUCCAACCCCAAUCUCUCCACCGCUGCACUCGGAAACGACAAAGUCGACCCCGAAUCCCUGGAUUCACAGUUUGACGUAGCAAAGCUGCAGGAGGACUUCUGCCGUGUUGCCACUAACUUGCACACAACCAUGAAAUCAGUACUGAGCUCGCUAACAUCAGAGAGGGAGAGACUGAAGCAGUGUCUGGAUCACGACUCAUAUCCCCCAACCUCACCCCAAGUCGUCAAUCUGAAGAACACCCUGGCAGCGGCUUUAGCGCAGAACUCUGAGCUGAGAGAGCGCCUGAACAAGAUUCAUGCCGAGUCCCAGAUCGUAGAGCCCACACUAAUAAAUCUCCCUGCCCCUGUGCAGAAGCAGGACUCAGCAGAAGACCCUCAUCCUCUUGUGCACCAAGUUUCCAAUGAGAGCAGAGCUUCAAUUGCAGAGUCUUUGUCAGAGUUCUUUGACGCACAAGAGGUUCUCUUGUCAGCUAGCUCCUCUGAAAAUGAGGUGUCAGAUGAUGACUCAUACAUCAGUGACAUUAGUGACAACAUUUCGAUGGACAAUUUCAGCAACGAGACAGAGAGUGAAAGACCUAACUCAGGUUCUGUGGAAGAGGGCUCUGUCCUUUGUACACAUAGAUCCUGUCUGCCCACGCCCAGCCCUACCAACAACACAAUCAGCCUGUGGAACAUCCUCAGAAACAACAUAGGCAAAGAUUUAUCCAAGGUGACGAUGCCUGUGCAUCUUAACGAGCCCCUCAAUGCCCUGCAAAAACUCUGUGAGGAGCUGGAGUACAGCGAGCUGCUGGACAGAGCUGCUAUCACACAGGACCCCUUUGAACGAAUGAUUUAUAUCGCCACAUUUGUUGUGUCCGGAUGCGCGUCCAGCUAUUACAGGACUGGAGGAAAACCUUUCAAUCCUGUUCUGGGAGAGACGUAUGAAUGCGACCGUCCAGACAAAGGCUUUCGGUUUGUUGGUGAGCAGGUUAGUCAUCACCCACCUAUUUCAGCUUGCCAUGCAGAAUCUAAAAACUUUGUCUUCUGGCAAGAUGUGAGAUGCAAGAACAAAUUCUGGGGAAAAUCAAUGGAGAUUGUUCCUGUGGGUACCACUCAUGUCACGCUGCCAAGAUUUGGGGAUCACUAUGAAUGGAACAAAGUGACGUCCUGCAUCCACAACAUCCUUAGUGGUCAGCGCUGGAUCGAGCACUAUGGGGAGAUCUCAAUCAGAAACUCCAACAGCGAUGUUUGCCAAUGCAAGAUCACUUUUAUCAAGGCCAGAUACUGGAACUCGAGCGUAAAUGAGGUGGAGGGAACCAUUACGGAUAUCAAAGGAAAGGUCAUCCACAGACUGUUUGGGAAGUGGCACGAAGCAGUUUACUGCGGAGACCCGCCGUCAGCUACCUGCAUCUGGAGGGCAAGCCAGAUGCCAAUGAAUUAUGAGCAGUACUAUGGCUUUACAAAGUUUGCAAUUGAGCUAAAUGAGCUGGAGCCCUCUUUGAAACAGCUGCUGCCCCCUACAGACACCAGACUACGAGUGGACCAGAGACUGCUGGAGGAGGGGAACUUGGAAGCAGCAGAAGAACAAAAGCAAAGGAUUGAACAGCUGCAGAGAGACAGACGGAGAAUCCUGGAGGAGAACAAUGUGUCACAUCAGCCUAAAUUCUUCAGGAAGUCAAAGGAGGACGCCUGGGUCAGCAACAACACUUACUGGGAGCUGAGGAGGGACCCCGGCUUCUCCCACAUCGAGUUUCCAACUCUGUGGUGACCUCAGAACCCACAGUUUCUACCCACACAGCCUCCACUGUGACCCAGGCUGGUUCUGGCGAUGUCUGUAGCCCACUCCUACCCAUCAACUUGCUGUUUUCUAUAUUGCAGUCCAUUCAAAUUAUUGCCUUAAUAACAAGUGCUUAUCUGUGUUGCGCAAAUCUGUUCAUGGAACCAUUGGGAGGGAAUGCUGAUGUUGAAACCUUUGCCCACAUUUCUGCAUCUUUUAUGUUAUGGCUUCUCAGAAAAGGGAAGAAACUUGGUAAAAUCAAUGAAAGAAAAUGUCAUUUUUUCCAUAAUUCCAGCUUGAAAAUGUUGAAUUACUUAGUCACUUAAGGUUGUGUCUUAUAAUGGACAUUCUCUACCUCGGAGAAAAACGAGCCUUGAUAUUUCAGUGAUUGUGUGCACACAUGUUUAUUCGCCUAAUGCCUUACUAGUUGUACUUCUAUUGUUUUUAUUUAAUUUAAUUUUUGCAUUUGCAUUGCUGUUUUGUAAGGAUAUGCAACAACUGUUGAAAUGAUCUUUAUAUUCUCACUGUGCUGAGGGUGUCUUCAUGUCUCAUAAAGUGAUUACGUUUUAGCUAUUACUCUGAAUGACUGUACAAUAAUAUAUGAGCAUCGGUAGCCAACAUUAAUUCCAAUCACUUGUUCCCACAUUAUCCAUUGCACCAUCUUGACACUGGGUUUGGAGUUAAAAUAAUGUCCAAAUCAAUGUUCAUAAAAGAGUAAUAAAAUAUUAUUCUUUCCUGUUAUUUGUCAAGUUAUUUGUUUGUUGUUCAAGACUGCAGGAUGACUAAGUGCAGUUAGUCAUUCUUUAUAGUGCCUUGUAAAGAAUGCAUAAACCUUAAACUUUCCCCUUUGCUCAUUUUAUUACAUUGUAGCCACAAAUCUUAAGUUAUUUUAUGUAACAGGCCAAUACAAUGUACUGUGUUGGAGAAAGAUAAAAACAAGUUUGUUGUUUGUUUGUUUUUUGUUCUCAAGUUAUAUUUAGAUCUCUGUACCCUGAUACCAGUCAAUAAAAUCCAGUACAACUUG